AUGGCUAGCGGCUCAGAUUUGAAGAAGGGGUAUUGGACAAAAGAGGAAGACAGUCUUCUCAAACAACAUAUCCAACGUCACGGGGAAGGUCGCUGGAGUGACAUUCCUAAAACAGCAGGUUUGUUGCGAUGUGGCCGGAGUUGCAGGUUACGGUGGUUGAAUCAUCUUCGCCCAAAUGUAAAGCAUGGAAACAUUUCACAGGACGAAGAGGAGCUUAUCAUAAGGCUGCAAAAACUUCUUGGGAACAGAUGGUCAUUGAUUGCGGGUCGGAUACCUGGAAGAACAGACAACGAGGUGAAGAACUACUGGUAUAGCCGGUUGAAACAUAGGGUGCUCGGCAAUAAAGUAACAAGACCUUUGGUUACCAGAUUAACUGCUAAACCUUUAAACAAUCCAGACAAGUCUAGUCUGCCCACAGAAAUUGAAUCUGAAAAAAUUGCAGCAAUAUGGAAAGACACGCGUACAGAAGCACAAGAGCAGCAUAUUGGAGAAGAAAACGAGAAUCCAUCUAAAUUUCAUGCAAUUGAAAGAGAUGGCAUCCCAAGCUGUCAAUCCGCCUCUUUUGCUGAUGAGCUGUUGUCACCUUUUAAUUUCUAUUUGUUUGAAGAGACAAUCCCCCUCCUUGACUUGCGUUGUGAACAAUGGUUGUGA